GUCUUCGCACUUUAUCAUUGUUUUUCCAAUGCACUAUUGCAGCGAGGUCAGCGCUAUUGGAGCAAGGUCAGGCCUGUUCGUUACCCUCAGCUUCUCCUCGUUUGUGGUCUUCAAACUUUGUCAUUGCUUUUUCAAUGCAAUAUUGCACCAGGACAUUGGCAAUGCAUGACUGCAACUAUCACUCCAGUUUUGCACCGAUUCUCACUCAAUGCAUCGAGUACUGCAGUGAUUCUACAACUGCUACCGCAAUUACGACGGGAAUCACUGCGAGCACCACAGGAAUCACUGCGGUAAUUGCCACUCCGGUUUCUGACCAGUUCUCACUAAAUGCGUCUGUCACGGCAGCGAGUUGUAGGGAUUAACUGCUACAAAAAUUGAUACCGCAAUCGCCAUCAUGGCAAUAACCGCACCAGUCACCACAGAAUCACCGCGGUAAUUUCCACUCCGGUUCUACACCAAUUCUCACUCAGUGCAUCUUUUACUGCAGUCACUGGAAUUAACCGCCACAACUGUUACCGCAGUCGCCAUGGGGAAAAAUUCACAACGCCAAGUACCACAGGGAUCACCACAGUAAUUGCCCUUGCAUUGCGUUGAAAGACAGCCGCCACUCUCAUUAUAAUUCGAAUUGAAAUUCGCUAUUAUUCACAGCAACUACCACACCAUUUACCAUUGCAAUUGAGUCACCAGUGUAAUUCCCACUGUAUUACCGUCAUUCAUAUGGAAAUUCACUGAGGUAACAACGGUGCAGUUACCUCUGCAAUUCCGCCUCCAAUUCGUACGUCGAAAUUACGAGUCACCACUCCGCAUAACUGCGGCAAUAGCCUGCUGCAGAAGAGCUUCUUGGGUAUGAUAGUUUUUUUUUUUUUUUUUAGUACUUUUUACCUCUUUGUAUGUGUGAUUUGAAGCGUAGGAGGCAUGGGAGGUGGCCCUUUUGGAAAGCGGAGAAGAAAGAGAUGAAAAGAAAGAUGCGCCGCCAAAGGUUAUCUUUUCACAAAAAGGGGGUUUGGAUCAGUAUUUACUAUUUAGGGUGUUUUUUUCUUUCGUUUUGGUGUUGACCGUUUGUUUAUUUGGUGUGUGCUCUACGGAUGCGUGCCCAGUUUCGUCAAGAAGUUUGUGGUUAUCUUAACUUCCCUAGCUUUAUUCUUAUUAUCAUCCUCGGCAACGGCAAAGAUCAGGGGGGUCCAUUAGCCAUCUCUCCCAUUGGGCUGUCCUAAGCUUCCAAAAUGCGUCUAAGAACGAAAUUGUUGAGCAGGGGCUACAGGAUGAGAUUGAAUGCCGCUCAUGUCACGGUGCGGUAGUAGCCUCGCUGUUCUGCUCGCCCACUAGGCUGCCCUUUGGAAGUGUGAUUAAGAGGUGUGAAAUUGGUCAGCAGGGGCAACAGUCUCAGAGGUGAAUGCCACACAUGUUACGGUGGGGUAAUAGCGUGAUUGGACACUUUCGUUCGUUGGUAGACGCUUCGAGCGUGCACAAUUUCAGUCACUAUUUACUGGCGUAUGUCUCUAUCUAUCCCUGAGAUCUCUCUUGAGGAUGGUCUUGGGAUCAUCAUCCGCCAGCUUCCUUCUCAAUGCAUGCGGAAGAAUUUGCGGAAGUCUUGAAACGGAACAUCUUGUAAAGCGUCGAUCUUUGUUAUUUACUAUUUAGUGUUUCUUACAGAACUGUUUACUAUCUUUUCUAUCUAAAUGGAUAGUUUUGUUUCGCUGGAAUGCCGCUCUAUUCACCGGCUUUGUUCUCUCUUUGGAAGGAGCUGCUGAAGCUCCAGAUUGGGCCAGCUUGUGAGGCAUUGCCCUAUCCCUCCCCCCCUUUGGCCGCCACUGCUUGGGAUACCUAUUCUCAAUUUGCCACUCACUGCUCACAUGCUCAUGAGCCAUACCCGUCAUGCUUUUUUUCCUUUCCUUGUGGAGUUGUGUAUUGUGGACAUGACAGAGAUUGCACACAUUGGCGCUCAAGCAUCUUCAACCUGACCAGCCUUGUACGUGAGAGGCACAGUAGUAAGAGGGGAGCUACGAGAACAAAUAAAAUGGGAGGCCUCGCAAAGAUAGCUGAGGUAAACAUAAUCAACAGAACGAUAUAAUUGAUCCGAUUCCGUUGUGUUUUAUAUUGCUAACUGUUUCAUUGUUGGGUUGGCUCAUCUCAAGUGUGUGUCACAUUGCUUGUAUAAAGGUAAGAUUCCUAUGAUUUUGGAUAAAGAUAUUGUGCUUCAUGUUGCUGACUGUAGAGGCAAAACUGUUUCAUUUGUGGAUUGGCUCAUCUUGAGCAUGCUUCAUCGUCGGCAAUGGAGGUAAAGUUGCUGUGAUUUUGGACCUGCUCAUGUGGGUGGAACAGGGGAUGUUGUGGUGACAACUCGUGACAGCAUACAUAG